UUUCUGUCGUGGCCAACUUAGUAUACAAAAAAAAAAAAAAAGAAAGAAAGAAACAAACAAAAGAAAACACGGGCUGCAGAUGCGCGACUAAUAAUGACUUGUGGCUGUGUGGUAAGACAUGGGAGGAGCUUCAGAAGAAUCAACUUUUUCAGCUUUUGAGGCGUGCGCUAUAUUGAUUCUUCUCCAAAAUUGAGAGUGAAGGUGAAUCUGAGCGUCCUCUCCGCAUAAUGGUGCUUUCCAGAACCAGCAAUGAUUUUUACGAAGCUUUCUGGUGAUUGAGGCUUUUCAUUUUCAGCAAUUUAUGUGAAGGAGAAUGGAUUAUGCGUGCGCGCGCUCCCAUCAGCAUGACAAGAAUCGAUUUGAGAGCGCGCGCGGCAGACAAAUGACAAUUUUAGUCAUCAUGUUGUUUUUUGUUGCGCUUCUUCCAUAUGCGCUCGCAGCACACUUGGCUGUCAUAUCCCCCCAGGAUCCAGUGCUUCACAUCGGCUCGAGCUUGACUGCGGUGUGCACCAUUAGCGCCGAGCUGGAAAUAACAGCUAGAUCCUUGUACUGGACACUGAAUGGAAAACGCUUGGCUAGAAACACUUAUAAGGUCCUUAGCCCAACCGAAUCCAGCGUCACACUUCAUCAACUCAAUGGCUCCUUGCAGCAGUCAGGAGACAACCUGGUUUGCCACCGAAGCAAUGGAGAAGUGUUGGCUGGAUCAUGUCUUUAUGUUGGCUCGCCCCCUGAGAAACCUGUCAACCUGACAUGUUGGUCACGAAACACCAAGGAUCUCAGCUGCAGAUGGAGGCCGGGAAGUCAAGGAGAGACAUUCAUCAACACCAAAUACAUCCUCAAGUACAAACUAAAAUGGUACGGUAAAGAGAAAGACUGUGAGGACUACACAGGACAGCCAUAUACAUGCUACGUUCCUCGCGACCUUGCCAUUUUUACACCAUAUGAAGUUUGGGUGGAGGCGUCCAAUCAGCUCGGCUCUGCCUCUUCUGAUGUCAUCACCUUAGACAUUUUAGAUGUAGUAACUACAGAUCCGCCUCCUGAUGUCCUUGUGAGCCGCGUUGGAGAUCUGGAAGAUCAGUUAAGUGUAUGUUGGGACAAUCCUCCUGCCCUGAAAGACUACCUGUUUCAGGCCAAGUAUCAGAUACGAUACCGUGUGGAGGAGAGCGACGAAUGGAAGGUCAUAGAUGAUGCUGGGAACCAGACGUCUUGUCGGUUAGCAGGUCUCAGGGCCGGUACAGUGUAUUUUGUCCAGGUACGCUGCAACCCGAUAGGCAUCUACGGCUCAAAGAAAGCAGGUAUUUGGAGCGACUGGAGCCACUCGACUGCCGCGUCGACACCUGGCAUUGACAGGUCACAUAUUGGCUCGUGCGAUUCGAAGCCCAGCGAGCACAAUUCAACGCUACGAAAGGAGCUCAAGCAGUUUUUCGGCUGGAUGCGCAAACACUCUUACGGCUGUACGGACGUCAGCAUCAAACUCUACGACCAAUGGCGCGUCUGGCUGCAGAAAGCCCAGAAAACACACGACCAGGUACUACAAAGCGGUAAAUCAUAGUGAAACUCUAAAGAAGGCUUGGGAGAGUUUGCGGGGGCCUGCGACGACAAGGUUUUUAUCACUCUCCAGUGCUUGGGACUUUCAUUUGAAUGAGCCAAGACUCUCCGAAGGGAUCUGCAAGAAGCCUGUCGUUUGGCGACAUGAUCUACUGUUUGCCUCCUGCUGUAGUCCCCAUCAAAUACGUCAAAGGAAGCGCGCUUUUGUCUCAGACAUGUAAUUUAUAAGGGCAUUAAAACAUAAAGUAAGACUCCAAAUUACGAGAGAGAGAGUAUAAAAUGUUUGAAAAAAAGGAGAUAAUGGGGGAUUCUCUCAUUCUUAUUGACCUUCCAAAAAAAGGACCUUUGCAACUUAACAAGUGGUUUGAAAUGGACAGAUUUUACUAACUAAAUUUAAUUUGCUAAGAGUGAGAAUUCAUAAGCAACAACAACAAAAAAAACGAGCAUUUAAAUAUUAAUCUCUUAAAGUGAUACUUUUUACUAAAAAAGUAAAUGAGGACUGAUGCUGCCAAGCUCCAGAAUGAACAAAAGCACUGUAAAAGUAUCAUAAAAUUGUCCAUUUGUUGCUAUAUUCCAAGUCUUCUGAAGUCAUAUGAUUUUUUUGUGGAACAAACAGAUUUAAAUUUAAAGGGAUAGUUCACUCAAAAAUGAAAAUUCUGUCAUUAAUUACUCACCCUCAUGUCGUUGCAAACCUGUAAGACCUUCGUUCAUCUUGUUUACGUAUGUGAUACUCUCCAAAAUGGCGCCGAGGUGACACAGAGGAGACGAAUUGUUGAAUAAAGUCGUUAUUUUUGUUUUCUUUGCGCACAAGAAGUAAUCUUGUAGCUUUAUAACAUUACGGUUGAACCCCUGAUGUCACAUGGAUUAUUUUAACGAUCUCCUUGCUAUGUUUCUGAGCCUUGAUCGUGUAAGGACACUUGAUGUCUAUGGAGGGUCAGAGAGCUCUCGAAAAUUCAUCAAAAAUAUCUUAAUUUGUGCUCCGAAGAUGAAUGAAGGUCUUACAAGUUUGGAACGACAUGAGGGUGAGUAAUUAAUGACAGAAUUUUCAUUUUCAACUAUUCCUUUAAGUCAUUGUUCACUGAAAAACAUGUCAUCUCCCCUAAAUCUAGUUCAUGAGAGAGCUAGUGAUGUAAUAAAUAAAUGAAACUUAUCUGAACGAUUCGUUCAUGAAUCCUGAGUUCUAUUGACUCCACUGAUUAACUGUUUCUGACACAAAACUAUCAUAUUGCUUCAGAAGAUUUGG